AUGAUGGAGUACUUCACCCGAAGCUACCACACUCCCGACGACCGUUACAAGCCCGCCGACAAUAACAACACCAUUAGCACAUCGAAUGGUUCUAUUCCAAAUAGCAUUCGAUAUUAUAACGAGGAUGAGCUGACCAUCCCAUUGCCCAACUCAUUUAUGCCCACAAAACCGAAUGGAGAGAUCACUUACAAUUACUAUCCGAUGAGCAGUAGUACGAGCAGCUCCAGUUAUCAGCCCAGCUCGGACUAUGUGCAGCAGGAAGAGGAAUGGGAUCGAGAUGCUUUGUUGGAUCCAAUGUGGGAAUAUCAGCAGAAAAAGGUGGGGGUUUUAUUGGGUUUUGUCUUUAUUUAGGUAUGGAGGAAUGGGAAAGAUGGACAAAGAUGAGGAGCAACAUUCUGCGGGAAUUUUGUAUUAGAUACGUAUAAGAUGUAAAAUAUGAUGUGAUAAUAGAUUUUUUUUGAUUGAAAAUAGCUCAAAAGACGUUGGAAAGUGGUUUUUUUAAAAUCUUUUUCUUCACCAUCUAUACCUAAAACAACAUCUCCCAAAGCUUUCAAAUCCAAAAAAUAUCUGCAUGACACAUCGCAAAAUGACGUAACCUUUGCUUUCCAGACCUUCACCGCCUGGGUAAACAGUCAUCUACGCAAAGCCGGAACCAAAAUCGAAAUCUUAGAGGAGGAUUUCCAAAAUGGCCUCAAACUUAUGCUCUUAUUGGAAAUAAUUUCCGGUCAGCCGCUGCCAAAACCCGACCGAGGUCGAACCAGAUUCCACCGGAUCGCCAAUGUCAACAAAGCCCUUCAAUAUAUCCAAUCAAGAGGAGUCAAACUGGUUUCUGUUGGGGCUGAAGGUAGUGUAAUAUUCAAAUUGAUUUUAUUCAAAUGUUUUUGCAGAAGUUGUUGAUGGAAAUGUGAAAUUAACCUUGGGACUGAUCUGGACUAUCAUUUUGAGAUUCGCUAUCCAGGAGAUUAGUGUUGGAGGUAGGUGAAAUUUAGGUUUUAUAUUGUUUUAGACACCAAAUGUGUCUGAUUCAAAUUUUGGAUUUUUAGAACAUUCUGCUCGCGAUGGUUUACUAUUGUGGUGUCAGCGGAAGACUGAGCCCUAUGAAGAUGUGAAUGUUCAAAAUUUCAGCACCAGUUGGAAGGACGGACUUGCUUUUUGCGCUCUGAUCCACCGACAUCGCCCAGAGCUCAUCGAUUACGGCUCUUUGGACCCAAACAACCACAUUGGAAAUCUGUCAACGGCAUUUGAUGUGGCUGAAAAGGAUUUGGACAUCCCGAGAAUGCUGGAUCCAGAAGGUAAAAAUGUUUUUUUAGUUUAGUCAUUAUGGAUAAUAUAAUUUUUGAAAAAAAGUUUAAUUUUUUUCUACUUUUUUGCUUUCCAUCUUCUUUAGCUGUCGCAUUCACCCCUCGGCCGGACGAAAAGUCCGUGAUGACCUAUGUUUCCUGCUUUUAUCACGCUUUCGAACCAAAACGCCGCGUUUUCCCCCAAAAUUUUCCGCAAAAAGUCCGACAGAACCUUCAAAGACCUCGAAUGUUCACUCCACCACCUCAUAGGUCGAUGGUCCAAGUUCUACCACCAAUAGAAACCAGAGUUAUGGGGCGAAAACCCCGGCCAAUUUCGAAUAUUUUUGAAUAUUCGCCCAAAAUCAUGCCGAGAACCGAAAGUUUCGAAAAAAUGAAUGGAUUCCGACCGCAGCUCGUCAAUUCUCGGCUUAUGCAGCCCGCCAAAGAGUUGAGGGUGGAACUGCCUCCGGCUAAACCCGAUCCAAAGGACGUAAGGACGAUUUGUGUCCGGGUUUGCAGUGAUUUGACAGUUUUUGGGAUGAUUUUUGCCAUUUUUUCAAGAUUUUUGUUGAUUUUUUGUCGACAAAUCAUGUGAAUGUGAACUAUGUUAUGUGAAAUUAUGUGUAAUGUCAUUUCAGUCCUGGUUGAUUCGUCCAUCCCUGACGAAAAAGCGAUUAUGACCUAUGUUUCAACGUUCUAUCAUAAAUUUACGGGGAAAAAUAAGGUAAAUAUUGAUUUUUUAUGUGAUUUUGAUGUGGAUUUGACUUGCUUUUGAUAGUAUGUGGGAUUAGGAAUAUUUUCGACCGUAUUUUAAUUAAAAUCAAAUUCAGUAUAGCAAAGAUUUUGUAUAAAAAGAGUAAAAUUUUGAGGGUUUUGAUUUGUUUUUUUUUGUGAUUUGAUGGAUAUUUGUGUAUAUUUCCGAUUUUUCUCUGAAAACGACUGAUUUUAGCUAGAAAAAGCCGCAAAUCGAGUGAGCCGAGUCCUCUCCCAGAACAAGGAGAACAAAAAAAUGGCCGAUGACUACGAAAUUUUGGCUGAUGAUUUGCUAAAAUGGAUCGACCAUUGGAUGCCAAUUGUGUCAAAUAGAACAGAAGAACCAAAUUCGAAUGGUUUAAAGAACCGACUGAACGAUUUUAGACAGUACAGACACAAGGAGAAACCACCAAGAAUUGAAGAGAAAAGCCAAUUGGAAACACUGUUUAACACCUUGCAAAAUCGAUUGAGAUUAGGAAAUCGACCGGCUUUUAUGCCGAAAAAUGGAAAAACUGUGAAGGUAGGGAGGCCGUGGAUGGAAUGUGAGGUGAUUGGGAAUCAGGGAAGAGCUGAAUUUUGUGAUUUUGCGAAUUUUUGAUCAAAUUCUGGCUAAAAUUUUGGCGAUUUUGCCGAAAGAGUUUAAAAAAGGUGUAUAAAUUUGGAUGGAAAAGAAGAUUCAUGGGGUUUUUAUGGCCUUGACUGUCGUGCUAAGAAGAAGGAAUAUUUUUUUUCUGGUUGCAUUGGAAAAUUUGGCUUGGUCGAUGUUACACUUGACAUGAUUCAAUAGUUUUUGGUGAUUUUUGCCUAAAUUUUGAUUUAUUUUCUUCGAAAUUGUUGAUUAAAAUUUAGAAAAUGGAUAAAUAUGAGUUUUUUUUUUAUAUUUUUUAAGUAAUAUUGCAUAUGUUACACUUAAAAUCUAUCAUAAUUAUAGGAUGUGAACCUUGCCUGGAACAACCUAGAACAGUCCGAAAAGGGCUUCGAAGAAUGGCUUCUCUCCGAAAUGAUGAGACUUCAACGACUUGAACGGCUGGCCGAAAAGUUCCAUCGAAAAUGCACCUCUCAUUCCCAGUGGUGCCAGGGAAAAGAAUCAAUUUUAAAGUCAGAGGACUACAAAUCCGCAGAUGUACAUACUAUUAAGGCAAUUAGAAAGCGUCACGAAGCAUUUGAGAGCGAUAUGGACGCUCAUCAAGAACGAAUUGAGCAAAUUGUGGAGAUUGGCAAAGAAUUGACAAGAUUAAGGUACGCAAAAGCCAAAGAAAUUGCCGAAAAAUGCGGAGAAGUUGUCGGAAAUUGGGACAAAUUGGAAGUUCUGGCUAAAGAGCGAAGUGAACGGUUGAUCGAAGCCGAAAAAGUGGCUGGAAAAUUGGACGAGAUCCAUCUGAAAUUGGCCAAACAACUCGGACCCUUCAACUCGUGGCUGGAUUCGGUCAAGGAGGAUUUAACCGAUUUGGUGAUCGUAAAUCAGAUGAAUGAGAUUGAAGGAUUAAGCGAGGAUCAUCUGAAGUUCAAAGAGACACUCCCAGAAGCGGUCAAAACUUUGGAGAAUAUCAAGACAUUGGAAUCGGAAGCAAAAGAAUUAGUCGAAAAAUAUGGUCUAGGUCCAAAGUUAUUGGCAAACCCAUACACAGACCUUUCCAUGAACAAAGUAGAAGGCUUGUGGAGGGAGAUUCAACAGUUACUUCCAGAAAGAGACCAUCAGUUGGAGGCAGAGAGGGCUCGGCAGCAGAGUGAGUCAUUAGUAGCCCUAAAAUAAUAUUUUGAUUUAGAAAAUGAACGUCUGCGAGAUUUGUUCGCUGAAAAGGCGAAUGAACUUGGCCCAUGGCUCGAGGAUUUACUGGAGCAAGUCUUAUCGGCCAGGUUGACUUCAGCGUCGACAUUGGAAUCGAUUUUGAAAGCCCUUGGGGAUAUUAAACAUGAGGUAAAUUUCGUUGAUUUUAUGUUGAAAUUUGAUGGUUAAUAGACGUAUUGGAACCUGUGGAGUCUCAAAAUAGGAUUUUAUAGGACAGGACAUGUUUUGGACAAAGAAUUUAUAUUGUUUUAGAGAGCUGAGUCAUGGUGAAUAUGAAAUUUUAGUAGAAAUGAGUGUUUUACUGGAAAAAUAAAUGGAAUAUGACUAAUAGAGGUUUCAAAGGUUCAAAAAGCUUUUUUUGGAUGUUUUUGGUAUUCAAUUAAGGAUUGCACAUUUAUUUUUUUUAUGAGUAAUAUAAUUUUUUAUGUUUUUUUGUGUUUUUUUGAAUUUGGAUUAAUUUCUUGUCGUUUGAAACCAUCUACAGUUCGAUUUUAUAAUGAGAUUGACAAAAUUUUACAUUAUUUUUGGCAAUUUUUGAUGAAUCUUUAAAAUUUUCAGCUAUUAUAUGAUCUCAAAUCUUUUUUUCAGGCAAUCCUGAACAAGCACCAGCUCGAUGAGCUCGAAAAAAUCAACCAGGAAAUGCAAGAGAACCUUGUUUUUGAAUCCCCGAAGUCAAAAUACACCAUGGAAUCGAUCCGGGUUGGCUGGGAAUCCCUGAUGACGUCAUUGAACAAGGUCUCAAACGAAUUUGAGAAUCAGAUCCUGCUCCGCGACAGCAAAGGAUUAUCCCAUGAACAGCUGAAGGAAUAUCGCCAAGCCUUUGCUCACUUUGAUAAAGACUCGAAAGGCCUGAAUGAAGAACAAUUGAAGGCAUUUUUGAUAUCAAUCGGACACGCAGAAGACCCAUAUGAACUGUUUUUGAAGCUGGAUUCGAACUCGAUGGGAACUGUCAGCUUUGAUGCUAUUUUGGAUCAUUUGACUCGAGAACAGACGGACAGAGACAACGCGGAACAGAUGAUAGAAGCAUUUAGACUGUUGGCGAACGGAAAAUCAGCGAUUACAGAACAAGAAAUCCGAAGCGAACUCCCACCAAAACUCGCAGAAUAUUGCCUCCAAGAACUGGACUCCUUCCACGACCCAUCGGACAAAGGAUUCGAUUACGAAACGUUUUGUAAAAACAUAUUUAUCCAGUGA